GGAGCAGCGGGCGCGGAUCGCUGACAACGGCCGCAGCCAGUGAGCCUGGCGGCGGGGGCCUAGGCUCCCCAGCGCGAUGCGCCGUUCCAGCACUGAUGAGUCCACAUACCGGCGCAGCCCUUCUCCGGAGAGCAAGGAGCCGGGCUUCGCGCGCGGCGGCCCCUUUAGGCGCUGCAGCAGCUUGUACGGGCGCGCGGGCGCCGGGGACGCCGGGGAUGCGGGCGGCGGCUUCUUCGGCCUGCACACGAACCCUGGCCCCAAGGCGGCCCAGGAGCGCUAUACGACUCCCAAGGGCAACAAGUAUGUGGUCUUCUACCUAGACCUCUCCUUCAUCUUCCUUCUAGAGCUGAAGCGCUGCAGCAUGGCGCGCGGCUGCCUCCAGGGCGUCAAGUACCUCAUGUUCGCCUUCAACCUACUCUUCUGGCUGGGUGGCUGUGGUGUCCUGGGCGUUGGCAUCUGGUUGGCUGCCACACAGGGAAACUUUGCCACCCUAUCAUCCUCAUUCCCAUCCUUGUCGGCUGCCAAUCUGCUCAUCGUCACUGGCACCUUCGUCAUGGCCAUCGGCUUCGUGGGCUGCAUUGGGGCCCUCAAGGAGAACAAGUGCCUACUGCUCACUUUCUUUGUGCUGCUGCUGCUGGUGUUCCUGCUGGAAGCCACCAUUGCUGUGCUCUUCUUUGCCUACAGUGACAAGAUCGACAGUUAUGCCCAGCAAGACCUGAAGAAGGGCCUGCAUCUGUAUGGCACACAGGGCAACGUGGGCCUCACCAACGCCUGGAGCAUCAUUCAGACUGAUUUCCGUUGCUGUGGAGUCUCCAAUUACACUGAUUGGUUUGAGGUUUACAACGCCACUCGUGUGCCUGACUCCUGCUGUCUGGAGUUCAGUGACAGCUGUGGGUUACAUGCACCUGGUACCUGGUGGAAAUCGCCCUGUUAUGAGACAGUGAAGGCCUGGCUCCAGGAGAACCUGCUAGCUGUGGGCAUCUUUGGACUGUGCACGGCGCUGGUGCAGAUCCUGGGCCUCACCUUCGCCAUGACCAUGUACUGCCAGGUGGUAAAGGCGGACACCUACUGCGCAUAGGUCUCACAGCCUCUGCUUCUCUGCCAAAGGACCCCGCCCAUGGGGAGAUGUCCAAACCCGCUUCCCAUGCAGGAUUCGGUGCUCUGCUGAAUGCAGGGGGAAGAGCUUGAGGCCAAAGCACCCAGGAUCCACCCCUGCACCCAACGGGGCCUCUGCUUGGGUGGCUGCAGUCACCAGAUUAUAGUGUUGGUGCCAAGCAUGGCACCCAGGGCUAAGAGCCCAGGGAACUUUGACUUUUUAUAUCCAUCUAUCUUCCAGUAUUCGCACAGGAUAGGGUCCCUAGCCUUGCAUGGAUGCCAGGUUGGGGGCAGGCCCAGUCUGCUCAAGGCCCACGAUGGUCCUGGUGCUCCAGGCAGGGCCAGGUUCCAUUGACUCACAUUCCAUGAUGGUGGCGCGGGACCAGGUGCAUCUUAAUAAAGUAUGAGCAGCCCCUGUGUCUAGCUGGACACACAAAAAUUGUACAGCCACAGCCUCCAACUGAGGAAGUUCUUUCAUUAGCCAAGGGUCAGCAGAGUUGGGAGCACUGCUGACCCAUUCGGGUUGGGGGAAGAGAUGGCCUCUGUCCAUUCCUGUUUCUCCUGGGAUGUCACAUACACUCUUGUAUCUCUGUCCUAGGAACUCUGCCUUUGGAUUGUGCAGACAGACUGCAAACAGCACCUCUAGGUGACACAAGCCCUUGCUACUGGCCAGAGUUAAAGCAUCAAAGUUGUGUCUUCUUAACCAGGGGGUAAAGAAGAACCCUAGGUGAGGGCCUCUAGCUGUAGGGCUAGUACCCUGGGUGUUUAGGUGACCUCCUCCUAGGGCCCUCAGGAGCUGUGAGGCACCUGACUCCCAGUCCCUACAUCCUGCUGUCCGAGAGGCCUACUCUACGACACAGUUCUCAUUAGCGGUCAUCCUUGUGACUCCCACACCUGAGAGUGACAUGCACUGGAGAGAAUCUCACCAGCUAUCUGUGGGGUUGCUGCUACCCUUCCCAUUCUCUGGCUCUGGGCUGAAUCCUUGCUUCCCACUGUCCUCUCUCUAGUAGAAGCCAUAGGACCUGAAGAAUCUCAGAAUUACUAUGG